AUGGCACGUUCAUCCGCAGACGGACUGAAAUACCUGUCCAACGCUCUCGCAACACCCGAACAACUAUCCAACUCAUCGUCAGCUAUUGAUGGCAUUGCUCCAGAGCUAGAAGCAUCUAUUCGAUUUGCCGGCACUCAACUCACUCAAGCUGCUGGGGUAUUGCUCCGAUUGUCGCAAGAUAUCAUUGCGCAGGCCAUUGUGACGUUUACCAGGUUCUGGAUAGGUGCUGAAGGUGGGAGUCUUCGAAUUUACUCUGUCAAGGAUGUCUCUGCUGCAGCUUUAUAUAUGACGGCUAAGCUAUCCUUUCAGCCUACAUCACCACGAUCGGUAUUGAACGUCUACAACCUCCUCGUAUCGAAGGACGCAUCUCCUUUGUGGUUCAUCAACCCGAAGGGGGUGUCAGAGCAGCCCCCCCUUGAGACAUACUGCCUAUCCGAGGGGGGUUACCAGAGCCAGCGAAUGGUGCUGCUUCGAACCGAGUCGAUAAUUUUGCGCACGCUGGGUUUCAAUACCCAUGUUGCCCUACCCCAUACUAUCGCGUUAACCUACCUUCAAACCCUCGGUGUAUCAUCUUCUGCUGUUGCGCAAAGGGUGUUCGAGCAUCUGAACGCAGCUCUUCUAUCACCACAACUGUUAUAUGUGACACACCAACCCAACGCCCUUGCUGUUUCUUCUAUAUACUUGGCCGCACGAGAAGUCGGGGUAAAGUUGGUUGAUGGUGAGUGGUGGGAAGUAUUUGAUGUGGAUCGGGAAGAACUUGGAUUUCUAGUGGUAGGUAUGAGAAGUAUGGAGGGUUUCGCGCGGGCAGAAAUGGAGAAAUGGAAGGGCCGGGCGAUACCUAUGAUCGUGGACGAAGUUGAGGCAGAGGUUGAGAGGAGAAGAAUGAUGGCAGAAGGCGAGUGA